UCCUUCUGUCCUAGCCAGCAAAGCAACAGCUACCCCCCAACUCAUCAGAGAGAGUCAGAACAUAAAGAUGGAUAACAUUGCUGAUGCCAGGAUAGAAAACAAGGGGGAAAGGAAGCCAAUAAAGCAGAACACACUGAGCAAAGCUGGGAAGAGAGUCUGCAGAGCUGUUGGGUACAUCAGUGGAGAUAUGAAGGAAUUUGGAGCCUGGCUAAAAGAUAAACCUCUCAUGAUCCAGUUUAUUGACUGGGUGCUGCGUGGGAUAUCCCAGGUGAUGUUUGUCAACAAUCCCCUCAGUGGGCUUAUAGUAGUUGCUGGUUUCCUGGUGCAGAACCCAUGGUGGACACUCACAGGCUGUUUAGGAACAGUUGUCUCAACUUUAACAGCACUUAUCCUGGGUCAGGACAGAUCAGCCAUAGCAGCAGGCCUGCAUGGCUACAACGGGGUCUUGGUGGGAUUGCUCAUGGCCAUCUUCUCUGCUAAGGGAGACUACCACUGGUGGCUGCUACUGCCAGUAGCACUGGUGUCCAUGGUGUGCCCUCUUUUCACCAGCGCUGUAGGCUCGGUUUUCUGUAAGUGGGAUCUGCCUGUUUUGACCUUGCCUUUCAACUUGGCCUUGACCCUCUAUCUGGCUGCAUCAGGACCACAUAACCUCUUCUUCCCUACAACUGCCAUUCAGCCAGCAACAGCAACACCAAACAUCACCUGGGCGGAUGCUGAAAUUCCAAUGCUCCUGCAAUCCAUUCCAGUUGGAGUGGGUCAAAUUUAUGGAUGUGACAACCCCUGCACUGGGGGAAUCAUCUUGAUUGCUUUAUUUAUCUCUUCUCCACUCAUUUGUCUGCAUGCAGCACUUGGAUCAGCAGUGGGGAUGCUGGCAGCGCUGAGCUUAGCAACACCUUUCAGCACAAUCUACUCUGGCUUGUGGGGCUACAACAGCUCCCUCGCGUGCGCGGCCAUCGGGGGCAUGUUCUACGCCUUCACCUGGCAGACACAUUUGCUGGCCAUCGCCUGUGCAUUCUUCAGUGCCUACCUGGGAGCAGCACUGACUAACAUGUUGUCUGUGUUUGGGGUGCCGUCAGGAACAUGGUCUUUUUGUUUGUCUGCAUUGACCUUCCUGUUAAUAACCACUAACAACGCUGCCAUCUACAAGCUGCCACUCUCCAAAGUGACCUAUCCAGAAGCCAACCGAGCUUACUACCUGAGGAUAAAGAAAAAUCAGAGGUCUUGUUGUGAGGUAUAAAGACCCAAGAAGAGAGCUACUUUGAAGAUUUUAAGGCAAGAGCACAAAGUGUUUCCCAAAAGAAAAAAAAAAAACAAAGCCAAAAGACAAAAAAAAAAAAAAAAUCACCAUCUUCUGAAUGGAGAGACUUUUUCCAUGGCACUUGUUUUGUCCUGAUUAGAUAGGACUGUGUUGUGUUGUGUUGUGCUGCGCUGGAAAGACUUUUCCCAAGACCAGUAUGUACUGAUUUAAAAGCAUAUAUUCUUUAAAAGACACUUGAAUUUCAAGCAAGGGGAAAUCACUUGGAAGUUGAAAAGAAAAAUGUGUUGGUGAACUCUGAGUCACAGCAAUUGGAUGCAAAGCGACAAGGAGCAGAGCAUCCCUCAUCAUCUGAUAAGACUCCAAAUUAAUGGCUAAAUCCAACUUAAACUAUCAAUAGGAUACAUCUUAGAGAGAUUCAGUGUAGCAGAGAAGUGGAACAAAGCAUAUCCUUUGCUAACUAGAAGUUAGGUGGUGAAGAAUUCUACUGAAGAUCUCUCAAGCUGAGUGGAGAGUGAUGUGUGCUACCAAUCAUCACACACGAGAUGAACACAGAUAAAUUGCAGACAACGUUGCUAAUGCUUGCAAGACUUGUGAUUUGUGGUAAAAGUCACAAAAAGGGCAGUGAGGGAGUGUCUGUCAGCUCCAGCUUUUGUACUUUUAAUUCGCCCUUGGCUCCAAACCUUUGUGGAAAAAAAUGUUUCAGGCCUACCUAGUUGCAUAAUAAUAAUAAUAAUAAUCUAUAAACCCAAGGCCAGGAAAAGAAAUGCCAGUCUCUGUUUUUCUUAAUACUUGAAUUUAGGCAUGGGGUUGCAGUGGAGGGGAGAGCAGCAGUGUCAUUGCCGCCCCUUUCCUAGUUCAGCCUGUGCACAAGUGGAACUCAUUCGAGCUGAAUUUCAUGACCAACCCCCCUACACCAGCCCCCUCAGCACGUAAAUACCAAGCAGCAAAAUGCUGCAUGGUCCCAGCCUGCUGCUGAAGUUGCUGCUCUGCCAUUUCUCUCCACCUCACUAUGGGACUGGCAGGUCUGGUGGGCUGAUGUAUGAAGCAGAGCUCUGCAGAGCCUUGCACCACCUCUGCACAGGCUGUGGGGUCUGCAGACAGGGAAGGAGGAAGCUGGCCUUGACCCCAACAGGUUGGUCACCUCAGUAGGUUUUAUCUCAGCCACCUUUCUGUCUGGCUCAUCAAGGCCCUUUAUCCCAUGAUGAAGCUGACAUCCCCACCAUAAAUAGUCUGUAUGCUCAGGUCCUUCCGCUGGCAUUAGCCACAUUAGCCACAUUAGUCACAGAAUCACACAAUGGUUUGGAAAGGACCUUUACAGAUGAUCUAGUCCAACCCCCCUGCCAUGAGCAGGGACAUCUGCAACUAAAUCAGGUGCUGUUUCUGCUGGGAAAGUAGAUCAAAACCUGUUCAUCUUGUGGCAGACGAAAUAAACAGUAGCCUGUGAAUAGUGUUACUGCUGAUUUUUUGAGGGUAGGGAAAAAAAACAUGUCUUUUUACUAUCACCAAAAGGUCUGAGUGAAAAAUAUUUGAGAUUAACUGCUGGCAGUAUUUUCUCAUGAAGUGCUAGGUUUUCAGAUGUUUGACAGUAUUUCUGUAUGACUGACACUCCAGAGAUUACUUGUAAAAUGUACCAUUUGCUGUGUAUUUCUUGGUAAAUAUCUUCAUAAUAUUGUGUGGAGCUGAGUUUUCAAACAAAUAAUAUCAUAGAAUCAUAGAAUGGUAAAUAUUCAUGGUUUUUAGAGUUUGGUAUGCAUUUUUCUCCAUUUAUCAUCACUAAGCUCUCCCAAAGACUUGUCAUCUUGUAAAUAAGUAGUCUAGAAAACACUGGAAAAUAAAAUUGUGAACUGAGUGUAUGGGGGAUAUCUGGGAAACUUUUAGCUUCUGCUCUUUGUACAUAUGGUGUUUUGCUGCAUCAAUAACUUAUUAAAUGUGCAAGUGCAAAGUCUGUUUCUGUACAGGGGGCAAGAUGAUCUGAAGGCACAGUGUUGUGCCUGCAGAGCUACAGCUGGGGCUGGAAACCUCCUGGAGACCAUAUGAUGACUUUUUCCAAGAGGAGAUGCUGGAGGGGGCCCCAAGAUUGGGGUUAGAUAGGGUCAUAUUCUGUCCAGAGGAUGCACUUCUCCACCAUGUGUAUCCCAGAUGGGCAAACCUACCAGGGUUAGCUUUCACUGUCAUGUCAAAAUCUUCACUCAGGUAUGGGCACACACUUUAUGACCAGUGCAAAUCAGCAGAUCUUCUCUGACUGCUGCUAUUUCAGCUUGCUUUUGCUGAGCAACAGCGACAUUUUGGCAGUGCUGUAAAGAAACCAUAUGCACAGAACCAGAAGACAACAAAAGAUUAACAGCCAUGUCUCAGCCAUUAGAAAGACUUUCCAUGUCAUUCAGAAUUAAUUCUACAUUUUACACUAUGCAGAAAAUUCAUUCUUCCCAUCACCCCAUGCUAAAUAACAGUUAUUGGGUAAUUUGACGUGCAUGCAGAAUAUGCAUAGCAUUUUUUUUUCCCAUUAUUGUUCAUAAUGCAGAUUUUGCUAACAGGAUUGAUUUAUCUUCUUACUGAAACUGUACUCUUUUAUUUUCU